AUGUCAUACCCUACGUCACACAAUCUGGUAGAGUUUAAUCCAUUUGAUGAUUCAUUUCAGAUGCCACCAUAUAUACAUUCCCUGCCACCGAGUAAUCUAGACCACCUGAGUCAAGAAGCGCCGUCGGUGUCGAAUGUGCGUACUAGUGCAGAAUAUGAACAAAAUGUUGGAAGUCCAUUCAUGAUGACUGAUGAAAGUUUGCAUGACGCCGAUGAUAUAGAUGAAGAAGAAGAUUUAGAGGGUACCACUGUUGUUUCGGAUGAUGAGGUACGAGUUGAAGCACCAAGGUCGGGUAUGGAAUUCCCCAGUGCGAAAGAGGUUAAGACCUACUACAAGCAAUAUGCCAAGCAAGAGGGUUUUGGUGUACGGUCAUUUAGGACUAGGAGAGAUGAUGAAGGGAGACCGGUGUACGUGACAUUUGGUUGUUCCCGUGGCGGGAAGUACCAACCUAAGGGUAACAAUAUCUCGAGGCCACGGCCAACAACCAAAACAGAUUGUAAGGCGAGGGUAAAUGUGACCUUGAAUAAGAAUGAGAAAUGGGUAUUCAUCACUGUUAUAAAUGCGCACAACCACAUCACUGUGAGCCCCAAGAAGACAAGACUUUUGCGAUCUCACAAGUGUCUUGAUGAAUACAAUCAGAGGAUUCUCGAGCUUAAUGAUAGAGCUGGUAUACGAAUGAGCAAAAAUUACUAUUCACUUGUCGUUGAUGCGGGGGGUUUUGACAAUCUUCAAUUUCAAGAGAAAGAUUGUCGGAAUUUUAUUGAUAAGGCGCAACAUUUGAGGUUGGGCAAAGGAGGUGGCGACCCCCUUAAUCAGUAUUUUCAAAGAAUGAGAGAUCAGAAUGACGGUUUUGUCUCUAAUAUGGAUGUGGAUGAUGAUGGAAGGUUACGGAACGUGUUUUGGGCUGAUGCUCGGAGUCGAGCGGCCUAUGAAUAUUUUGGCAACGUUUUAACUUUUGAUACAAUGUACCUAACAAAUAGGUACGGGAUGCCGUUUGCCCCAUUCGUUGGUGUUAACCAUCAUGGGCAGUCCAUAUUAUUAGGAGCGGGGUUGCUUUCAAAUGAGGACACAAAUACUUUUAUCUGGUUGUUUCAAAUGUGGUUAAGUUGCAUGAAUGAUAAGGCACCCAAAGCUAUCAUAACCGACCAAGAUCGGGCAAUGAAGAAUGCUAUUGCAUGUGUAUUCCCCCAAAUUAGACAUAGAUAUUGUUUAUGGCAUAUUAUGCGCAAACUUUCAGAGAAGUUAGGGUCUCAUGCCAAAUUUAAUGCGGGGUUGAAGACUGACAUUCAAACUGCAUUAUAUGACUCACAGACCACUACAGAAUUUGAGGAAAAUUGGGCUCAACUACUUGCGAACUAUGAUUUGGUCAGCAAUAAAUGGCUUCAUUCGUUAUAUGAGGAAAGGUCUUCUUGGGUUCUAGCUUACUUGAAGAGUGUAUUUUGGGCUGGUAUGAGCACGACCCAACGGUCUGAAAGCAUGAAUGCUUUUUUCGACGGCUAUGUCCAUGCUGGAACAACGUUGAAAGAAUUUGUGGACCAGUUUGAUAACGCCCUUAGAAAGAAGGUCGAGGUAGAGACAAUUGCGGAUUUCAAUUCUACCAACCAAACUAUUCCCUGCUUGUCUCAUUUUAACAUCGAGAAGCAAUUUCAAAACUUAUAUAUGAAUGCAAAGUUCAAAGAGGUCCAAGGAGAGUUGCUGGACCUAAUGUGUUGCAAUUGUUGGUUGGUAAGCACACACGGGUGCAUUUUAAAAUAUGAUGUCUUGGAUGAAAUAUCCAUUGAUGACCACAUUAAACCAGUCCAAUACUCUGUUUACUAUAACGAGGAGGAGGUGGAGGUAAAAUGCUCAUGUGCACUAAAAGACAUUAAGAGGAGAUACACCUUACUUAGAAGUAGUUACGAUGACCAGCGGGACAGAUCAGAUGCCAAGAAUUAUGAGCUUGUGGUUAAAAGAUGUUCGCAAUUGGCAACCAAAAUUUCCUCAGAUAAUGAAAAAGUCAGUGCAUUCCUGCGUGUUGUUAAUGACUUUGAGACAAAAUAUGAAGGUUCAACACUAGAGUCGACAUGCGAGCAAACGAAGGCACAACCAAAGAUGGUCUUGGAGAAGGGUAAGAAAAUAUUAAGCCCCAUUGUGGUCCGAGGGAAAGGGAGACCCCCAAGUAAGAGGAAGGUUCCACCUGUGGAAAAGUUGGCAACAAAGAGGAAAAAACCGACAUGCAGGAAAAUUUUGGGGGAUGCAGAUGCAACACAAUUGGAAGACAAUACGAGAUCUCAAGAACCCCAAGAGCCCUGGGCAUAUCUUGCAGCACAAGCACCAGAGAGAGUAGCGACUGCACCAUCUGGAGAGGAGACACCAGUCGCAUCCUCAUUGCCAGCACUGAAUGUACAGACCGCAGAGUUGGAUGCUGGCUCGGAUGAUAGUGAGAACCGCGUUGAGGUACCUGAUGAUGGUCUCACAGACGAUCAGUUUUGUGACAUUGUGCGAGAGCCUUCGGCUUCUUCACAUGAUGGCAGUAAAGUGAUCCGAUAG